AUGUCAUCGCCGUCAGUUCGUUCAGAAUUAGUACAAUCGGCCGUAAACUUUCUCCAAAAUCCACAAGUACAAAAUUCUCCAUUACAAAAACGAAUAGCAUUUUUAGAGUCAAAAGGUUUAACAGCUAAUGAAAUUGAAGAAGCCAUAAAAUUAGCAAAAGGUGGUAGUGGAGAUUUGCAACAAGUUCCAACAUCUAUGGGUAAUAUGCGUGUUGCCCCAGUUCCUCCAAGAUUAGAUUGGAGAGAUUUCUUUGUUGCAGCUGUACUCAUAGGUGGAAUUAGUUAUGCCAUAAGAUACAUUCUGCCUCUCUUAAAAACUCCCACCGCAAAAGAAUUAGAACGUGAUAAACAAUCACUCACAGAUCAAUUCACCAUGACUUCCGAAACUUUGGAUGUUGUUAAGGCAGACACGAAAAGUGUUAAAAAAAUUAUUGAUGAACAAUCAUUAAAAGUCAGAGAAUCAUUAGAAAGAUUAGAUAAUACAUUAAAAGAUUUGGAAAUUCAAGAAGGAAAAAGAGAUACGGAGAUCAAAACUUUAAAGGAAGAAAUUGAUACAAUUCGAGAUUUGAUUCCAAAGACUAAAGAAUCUCAAGCUCAAUCUUUAGCCGACUUACAAAAUGAACUUAAAUCAUUAAAAUCUCUUAUCGCUAAUCGACGUUUUAAUACAUCCAUAUCACCAGUUAAUGAUGCAUUAACAAAUUCAUCAUCUACCUUACCACCUUCUUCUCCUACCGUAAAUAAUAAUAAUAAUAUCUCAUCAUCAACAAAAUCUCCACCUCCUAAUACUAAUCUCACCACUGCAUCUACGAUAUCUUCUACGAUACCUUCGAUCUCAUCAAUUUCAAGUGCAUCCGGUCGUUCAGGAAUUCCUCCUUGGCAAUUGGGUACGAACACAUCGUCAUCAUCCACCGGGACGGUGGUAGAACAAAAAGAUAAAGAUUAA